AUACUUCUAGAGAAGGACAACUUUAAUGCACUAUGCACGGAUGCUUCUUAUUUCCCCUUUUUGACACCUGGUGGUAUUAUAGAACGUGGAUCAUGACUAACCAUCCAUUUUCUUUUCUUUUUUUUACUUCUCCUUCCCGUUUCUCUAUCGCCUUUAUCGUUCUUCCUUUCCUCUGCGCUUCUCCUCUCCCAGUCGCUCUUCAUUAGUCGCAAUUCAUUCUUCUCAUUCUCAUUUGAGAAACACAUUCAUUUCAUUUGGAUUGCAGCUCAUUUAGCUCUCACCCUGUCCACUCAGACUUCCAUACCUGAUUUAUCUUAUAAAGCUCGCCCUUUCUUUCUUUUACAACUGUUUCUUCUUUCUUCUCUUACGCUGAUUUCUGUCACAAUGUCUCAUACACACCAGUUGAACACCUCAGCCUCUUUCUCGGCUUCCAACACCCCUUUGGCCAGUCCCAUCCCUGACAUCAACUCUUCUUUCGCUGCCAAUGUUCGCCCUCGCCCUCACAGUGCUCUCGUCCCGUCAGAGGCUGCGCUCCUCCAACCUCUCUUGCGUGAGAAUGACAUUUUACCUUCUUCCACUGCCGCCCAGGAUAAUGUUAACGACGUUUGUGUGAUCAACAACCACAUCACCAAGAACAUGAAUACUAUCUCCAGUGACUUCCAUCUCUUUGAGUCUGAUGAAGCAUCCUUCGAUUACCCGCUUUUUACUGGCGCGUCCGAGCUCGUCAAGUCGUUGCAGCAAGUGCAGCAAGAGGAGAGUUCGCAACAAAUUCUUCAAUCUAUUCAACAGCAAUCUGACAUGUAUCAACCUCAUCAACAGGGGCAACAGCGUCAGCAAUACCACCAGCAUCAACAGCAAACCCAACAAGCUCCUCACCCAACCCCACAAACCCCGUCAAUGGACUUGCCAGAGAGCUACAGCAGAAUGGAUGAACCAUUAGUUUUCGAUGGAUAUUCGGCCUUUUUGGAAGGGCCAGAUGUUACAGGUAUCACUGCUGUCGCGCUGAACCAUGAAGAUGAGAACCCGGAUGACAAUAACGAGGUUGAUUUCUCGACAGGGUACAUUGAUUCACCCUUCCCCUCGUACCUCGACACUCCGUUCGAGACUCCUUACCUUGCUGAUUUCGGGAUCGAUCCUGAUCACACCAACGCGACUCAAUUUUUUUUCCUUGAGGACUGCAGCCUGAGUGAUGGCUGCGGCAGUAGUAGAAUCAGUCACCUACGCGACCAAGCUUCCUUCUCCUUAUUUCCCGAGCUCGUUUACAAGAUUCCGGCCAUGUCUCCUCGUAUAUCCUUUAAUAGCAGUAAUACGAUCGAGCCUGCUACCCUGUUUAUGGAUUCUCCAGCGCUGCAGCGACAGCAUUUUGGAAAUGAAGCAGGGCAUAGCCCUCUAUCUGAAAAAUCUUUCUAUGCCGCCUCAGAUUCUCCAGAGUCAUCUCUCUCCUCGGCUCCGGCUUCACCUUCUUCUUCAUCUUACUCUCCAGCCUUACGCUCAGUCUCCCCAGGGAGCCAUCCCAAGGCAAUGUUCGAUAAUAUGUCUGACACUGCCUCUAUUGACGAAGAAGAAGAAAAGGCCACUCCCUCCGACUCGGAUAGUGAGCAGGAUGACGAUGAUGAAUAUGUGCCUUCACGUCAUCUUGCCCAGGCAGCGGGCUUGCUUCCCACGUCCAGCUGCAAGCGGAAAGUCCCUGCCGUAUUUGAAUCCGAGUCGUACCUCUGCAGCAGCCGUCAUGAUGCUCCAGCUUCGACUUUUAAGAGAGUUCGCCUAGAGUUGGCGGGCCCUCGCGGUGGAAGCAGCAAAGGCCCUCGCAAGCCCACCAAGGGUGGGAGCAAACCACGGCCUGCAGGUGAAGCAGCCAAGCGCUUCCCUUGCACACACCCAGGCUGUGAGCUCCGCUUUGCUCGUCUGUACAAUCUGCGUACUCAUGAGCGGACCCAUGAUCCCAACCAGAUCCGCCCAUUUGUUUGUACAGCGGGCAAUUGUAGCAAGGCCUUUUCCCGCAAGCACGACCUACAGCGUCAUCAGGCCUCUGUCCACCAAGGAGAGCGCAAUUUCAAAUGCCACCAUUGCAAGAAACUCUUCUCGAGGCCUGAUGGUCUACGACGCCAUCUCAGUGUCAAGGACAGUGUUUGCACGGAAGCUCCUCCUGUGGAUACUCAAGGCCAUCCAUCCUGAUGAUCUUAUCGAGGCCAAUAUAUCUAAGGAGGACGGAGCGUGACGCGAGCGAAGUGAUCAUUACCCAGCCGCCUUCUCAGAAAAGCAAUCGUUGGACACGGACAAUUAUCCAUGCUUCUAGAGCAUCUACGCCUACAGCCGAAGCCUAUUGUCAACCGCUCAGACAAAGAUAUGCGCUCUGCCUAGGGGAACAGUGCCGUCCGAAGCAUAUAUUCGGAUGGAUUGACAGAUUGAUAGAUUACUAGGCCGUGUACUUUCCACAUGUACCUACAAUAUGAAGAUUCAUAGUCAGAGAUGUAGACAUGUUUUGUUCUAUUG